UUUUCCUUGGAGAUGGAAAAUUCGCCCACCAGGUUUUAUCAAUUUGCAAAUUCUUCCGCAAUUAGUUAAAAGAAUGAAAUUGGCUGAUAUUAUGACAAUACUAGGUAGCAUAGAUAUCAUUAUGGGAGAAGUUGAUCGUUGAAAUGAUAAUUGAUACAUCAGAAAUACAAGAUAUCGAUUCUUUUUCCAGAGUGGCGUAUUUAAAGGAGGUCUGUGGAAUUCUGUGGGUAUUUGCCCCCAUUUUUCUUCUUGUAUUGGGAAUCACAAUAAGUGUACUAGCAAUUGUAUGGUUAGAAAGAGAAAUAUCUGCAGGUAUACAACAGCGUAUUGGACCUGAAUACGCCGGCCCUUUUGGAGUUCUUCAAGCUCUAGCAGACGGAACAAAACUGCUUUUCAAAGAGAAUAUCAUUCCAUCAAGAGGGGAUAUUCGUUUAUUUAGUAUUGGACCGUCCAUAUCAGUCAUAUCAAUUCUAAUAAGUUAUUCAGUAAUUCCUUGGGGGUAUAAUUUUAUUGUAUCUGAUCUCAAUAUAGGUGUUUUUUUAUGGAUUGCUAUUUCGAGUAUUGCUCCCAUUGGACUUCUUAUGUCAGGAUAUGGGUCAAAUAAUAAAUAUUCCUUUUUGGGGGGUCUGCGAGCUGCUGCUCAAUCAAUUAGUUAUGAAAUACCAUUAACUCUAUGUGUGUUAUCAAUAUCUCUACGUGCGAUUCGUUGAUACAUAAACUUUUUGAUACUAUUGCCAUACUCCUCGCUUUUUAGUACUUUACUUUAUAGCAAAAUAGCAAAGGGGUUGAAUAAAUCGAGAAUAGAUAUAUGAAUUUUCAUUAUUUUUAUUCGGAAUUCGGGUUGAAGAAAUAAAUCAGAUAGUUAUAUGAGUGAAAUAAAACGGCUUUUAUUGAGUAGAAUUUACAAAUACUUUAUUCCUUAUUGCUAUGGUAUUAUUUAGUACCGUGGUAUUAUUGAGUACCGUAGUUAAUAGAUAGUAUGCUGAUUUGAAAUUGCAGUAAAAAUAUUGAAUCUCAUUUUUUAUGUAUAAGAAUGAAGUGAAAUAUCUCUAUAUAUAAGCGUAAGAAUCCGUUUAUCCCAAGAUUUGGUGAUUAGUUAUCCUGUCUUGAAGCGGGGUCAAAAGAGCAACCUUAUUGAGUUUUCGCUACCGUUUGUAUUAAGUAGCAUACGUGUAUUAACAUAAAUAAGGGGGUGAAUCAAAAAAAAGUGGAUGGUUAGAAACACCAAGAUACACAAAGGAUUAGUAACGCAGAUUUUGUAAAUAAUGCAAAAGAACAUUUACACAUAAUAGAAAAAGAAUACUAAUCGGGGCUUUAAGUCGGUAGAAAAAAUGAGGCAGUACUCCCUACAAUUCCGAUCCAGAGUAUGCUCCUAUCCGCUGAUUAAAUAAAUAACUAUCAGGAACGAAAUAAUCCUUUAAUUUUAUUAAGUAUCCCUUUACUUGCAAAAAAUGAAGAAGAAAAGGAA